UUAUUGGUCGAGCUGUCUUCAUCGUCUCCACACCACGUUUCCAAAACAAUACCUCCUUACGUCAUGCCUACGCCGCCUGGUGACGAACGCGUCCACUACACCCCUCCUCUCCAGUCUCACCUUUCCUCACCACUCCGCUCCAAGUCUCCCAUCAGGACCAGGAGAUGUUCCGCGGCGUCGAAAGCAACACAACGGACGAACUUUGCUCGUUUCGCACUUUCGAGUGCUUUUAAAUAUCCACUUUGGUUGAAACUUUAGGGAGAAAGGAGGUGGGGAUUUUUUUGUCGGUCGAGUGUGUUUUUCUUUCUUUCUUUGUGUGUGUGUGCGCGCGCGUAUGUGUGUGUGUGUAUGGCGUUCCCCUCUCUUUAGGAAAAAAACCUAAACAUCACAGAUAUAAGUCAGGCUCUGCCCCCGCUGCGUGUUGCGCUUCCUUAUGUCGCGAAAGCAGGUCGAGCAUGACUACACCCUGCGGAGCAUGAGCAACCUGAUGGGCGAGCGCUGGAAAAAAGUCAACGACGAAGGCGAGCGCAGCCUCAUCAAAGCUCCGUCCAGCGGCAGCAUCAGCAGCCAGGGCGCCGCCGCAUCCUCCUCCUCCACCACCGCGGGCGCAACAGCCCCUUCCGUCGCCGCCGCCGCCGCCUCCUCCUCCACCACCAACACCGGGGACUUGGAGCGGGCUGCCCGCAAGCAGUUCCAGCAGGAUGUCACUCCAGCCUUCGUCUACGUCCUGGCCGCCUUCUCCGCCCUGGGGGGCUUUCUGUUCGGAUAUGACACCGGGGUGAUCUCCGGCGCGAUGCUCCUGCUCAAGAGGGAGCUGGACCUGAGCGCCAUAUGGCAGGAGCUGCUCAUCUCGAGCACCGUGGCCGCGGCGGCGCUGUGCGCCCUGCUGGGCGGUUUCCUGAACGGGCUCUUCGGCCGCCGGGUGUGCAUCCUGCUGGCCAGCUUCUUCUUCACGGUGGGCGGGGUCGUGCUGAGCACCGCUCCCGGGAAAGAGGCGCUGCUGGCGGGGAGGCUGAUCGUCGGAGUGGGCUUAGGGAUCGCCUCCAUGACGGUGCCCGUGUACAUCGCCGAGGCCUCUCCGCCGCACCUCAGAGGUCAGCUGGUGACCGUUAACACCCUCUUCAUCACCGGCGGGCAGUUUACCGCCAGCCUCGUCGACGGCGCCUUCAGCUACAUGCGGCGUGACGGAUGGAGGUACAUGCUGGGUCUCUCCGUGCUUCCCGCCGCGCUCCAGUUCGUCGGGUUCCUCUUCCUGCCGGAGAGCCCCCGCUGGCUGAUCCAGCGGGGGCUGACCCAGAAGGCCCGCCGGGUGCUCAGCCAGAUCCGAGGCAACCAGAACAUCGACGAAGAGUACGACAGCAUCAAGAACAGCAUCGAGGAAGAGGAGAAGGACAGCGGAGGAGAUGGCCCUGUGAUCUGGCGGAUGCUGACCUACCCCCCGACUCGCCGAGCUCUAGCGGUGGGAUGCGGCCUUCAGAUGUUCCAGCAGCUUUCGGGAAUCAACACGGUCAUGUACUACAGCGCCACCAUCCUGCAGAUGUCGGGAGUGCGUGACGACAGGCUGGCGAUCUGGCUGGCAGGGCUCACCACCCUCACCAACUUCCUGUUCACCCUCCUGGGGGUGUGGCUUGUGGAGAGGGUGGGCCGCAGGAAGCUCACUUUGGGCAGCAUUACAGGUACGUGUUUGAGUCUAAGCCUGCUGGCCGUAGGUUUCCUCAUGUCUGCUCAGCACAGUCCUCCAGUUACUGUCCACCCUCUGGACCCGGUCAUGGCCAACUCCACCUGCUCCAAGUACCAAAUGUGUGAGCCGUGCAUGCUGGACCCUCGCUGUGGCUUCUGUUACCGUGAGAAUGGCUCGACUCUCCUGGCCUCCUCCUGCGUGCCGAUCAACAAGGCCACCACCGAGCGAGCGGCGUGGGGCAGAUGUUCAAACUCUACUCUCAUGAGAGAUCAGACCUACUGGGCCUAUAACUACUGUCCCACCUCAUAUUCUUGGCUGGUUUUGUUGGGGCUGGUGCUCUACCUGGCUGCUUUUGCUCCAGGAAUGGGACCAAUGCCAUGGACCAUUAACUCGGAGAUCUAUCCCUUAUGGGCGAGGAGCACAGGGAACGCCUGCGCUGCUGGAGUCAACUGGACCUUCAACGUCUUGGUGUCUCUCACCUUCCUCCAUUUGGCUCAGUACCUCACCUACUAUGGAGCUUUUUUCCUGUACUCCAGCAUGGCCCUGCUGGGUUUCUUCUUCAUCUAUGGCUGCCUGCCAGAAACCAAAGCGCGGCGCCUGGAGGAGAUCGAGGCGUUGUUUGAAAACCAGCUCUGCUCAUGCGGCGCCUCUGACUCAGACGAGGGGCGGCAGGUCGAGUACAUCCGCGUCAAAGGCUCCAAUUACCAUCUGUCGGACAACGACGCGUCAGACGUGGACUAG